AUGGGGAUGGGGGUGGGAGGAGGGGAGGCGGCGGCGGCGGUGGCGGUGGGGGAGGAAGGGAAGGAGGAGGGCAAGGGGUGGCGCGCCAAGUCGAAGCUGAGCGCGGCGGUAGGGGUGGCGCUGGCGUUGAGCGGGGUGCUGGUGCUGCACCGCAGCCUCCGCCACAACGCGCUGGUCAAGGCCGAGGAGGGCAUCGUGUGCAUGUGCGAGGAGCGCGCCCGCAUGCUGCAGGACCAGUUCGCCGUCUCCGUCAACCACGUCCACGCCCUCGCCAUCCUCGUCGCCACCUUCCACUACGAGAAGCAGCCGCCCGCGCUCGACCAGGAAACAUGACAUCCUCUUGUUCGUGGUGUUCUGCAUGGUGGAUUUUCUUGGAAAAUCUUUGUCGACCCACAGCUCGGCAUCUUUUUGCCGAGAUGCACCUCGGCGUUUAGGGAGCCUCCUCUUGACUGGGUCCCUUACGUAGUCAUUCAGCUGGGGAAAUAUUUGCCGACCCACAUUUCCGCAUCUUCCCUAUCGACCUGCACCAUGGCGUCUUGGAUAUCUCCUUGUAUGCAUCAGUUUCGAAACAUGCCUUUGGUCGAAAUUGGGUUGCCCACCUCCCGUACUUGCCCCUUA